AUGAGCGCGAGUAACGGCGUGUUCGUUAGGAGGCGUAUGUGGGAGGAAGCGGCGGGUGUGGAGAGAGAGGCGGUCGCGGAGGAGCAGGAGGGUAGAAGCAGUGGAGGAGGGGAUAUGGCGAAUGAUUUGAGCGGGGGAGAUUUGGAUAGCGAUUUCGACGUGGAAAGCGAGGAGGCGGAGGAAGAUGUGGAGGGAGAGGUGGAGGAGGGUGGGAAUGGUGGAGGCGAGAGUUACUUCAACGGUCACGAUACGAUCGGUCAAUGUACGAGCGGUGAUGGUACGAACCGUCAUGUUACGGGCGAUCAUGGUACCGGUGACAUCAACGGUCAUCCAAACUGCGACGCGAUUGGCGGAGCUAGCAGGAAGCGGGGACGGAGUUCGAGUGAGCUUGAUCUCGCGGAGGGAGGGAGUUUUAUGUCGUCAAGAGUUCCCGGUUUUUCGGUGAAUGAGAGGGACAGCGGAGCGGGUGAUGAGGGGAGAGCAGAGGAGGACGAGGGAGAGGAGGAGGAGGCGGAGGAGGAGGAGGAUGACGGAUUUAGCGAAGAUUUAGAGGAGGAUAACGGUUUAGCGGAUAUAAAUUGUACGUCCGUUGAUGGAAACGAUGACGCCUUUUUUCGCGGAGCCGUUGAGGAGGGGGGUGACGAGGGCGGCGGGUUUGAAACAGCCGUCAAUCCUGCGUCCUCGAUAUACGCGACCUCGUUAUACGCGUCCUCGUUGUCCGCGCAUCCAUUGUCUCAAGCUUCCAUGAACGCGAACCCACUAUGUGCGGCAGCUAACGGGUUAGGGUUCGGUAUCUCAACGAAUCAAUUGUUGGGCCUUAGAAGGUUCCUGGAAGUUGGGGUUGCGGGUGACGACGGCCGGGAUGCGGCUGAUACGUGUCGCGAAGGCGAAGCUGACGUGGCUGUUGAAGGCGGAGAUGACGUGGAGCGAGCUGGAGAAGCCGCAGCGCACGCACCGAAGGCUGACGUGGCAGCGGCGGAGAGCACGACGGAGGGGUUACUCCCCGACGAGGUCAUUCUCGAGAUCAUCGCGCGGGUCUUGGACGCGCGCGCGCGCAACUGCUGCGCGCUCGUCUCGCGGCGAUGGCGCACGAGCGAGCGCCUCACGCGCACCUCCCUCUCCGUCCGCCGCUCCCUCGCGGACCUCCUGGAGCUUCCGCGAUGCUUCCCCAACGUGCGCCGACUAGACCUCUCUCUCUGCCCACCCUGCGGGCAGCCGCUCCUGCUCGCGGGCCCCGCGCUCGCGGUAGCUACCGCGCUCCGCGCGGCCUUCCCGCGGGUGACCUCUCUCCGCGUGCACGUGCGGGACCGGAACGACUUGCAGUGCGUGGCGGCCACGUGGCCGGGGUUGGAGCACUCCUCCCCCGGCGCCUUCAAAGCAUCAAACAUCCGCUCAAUCCUCUCUUCCGCUGGCCGCACCCUCCUCUCCUUCCGCUGCCUCGUCGAAUUCGACCCGCGCCUCUCCGAUUCCCUCUCAGACGAAACCCUAAUUGAGAUAGCUGAGAGGUGUCCGGUGCUGACUGCGCUGCAGCUGGUGGAUUCGUCCCUCUGGGCGGCGCCCUCGGGAUUGUCGCUCGCGCUCGGGGACCAUGACAAUGCGCUGCCGCCCGAUAUGGAUGCGCGGGUCACGCCGGGCGGCAUUCGGUCGUUUUUAGUGCGGUUGCCGGGGUUGGAGGAGCUGGAUUUGCGGCCGGCGCAGUAUUUGAGGGGGGCAGAUGUGAGUCUAUUCGGCGGCGCUGCUGCUGCUUGUGCUGGUGGUGCUGGUGGUGGGGGGGAGAGGGGUGGGGUAACUGCAACAGUGAGUCUGGGGCAGCUGAGUCCGAACCUGAAGCGGCUGCGUCUGGGACAGUUGGUUUUCGCCCAUAACGAUUCCCUGGCGCCAGUGCCUGCAUCAGGGGAAGGUACAUCUGGGGAAGGUACAUCUGGACAGGGAUCAUCCGUGAAACCACCAUUCUCCGUAGCCGCAUCAUCCUCGUCAGCAUCACAAGCUGCCCCCACCACCCUUUCCUCCACCUCCACCAUCCUCCCUCAUGGCCUUGAAGCUCUCGACUUCUGGCAAGCCCCCUCACUUCCCCUGCGCUGCCUGCUCCCCCUCGCCCUCUCCUGCCCACGCCUCAAGGAACUCAGCAUCUGGGGCUGCCCGGACCUGACCCCGCCGAGCCUGGAGGCUGUGGCUCGGGUGUGCCGGCACUCGCUGGUCCGGGUGACUGUAGUGAAGUGCUGUAAUUUGCCCACAGCAGCGGUGCUCAGGGCUCUUUCCCCCGUUAGAAGCACGCUGCAGCACCUGCACUGCUCCUGUGACUGGUUCUGCCCGAACAGCAGCGUGGCUCCCGUUUCCCCGGUUCGAAGCGGUGCAGAUGGAAAUGGUGAUGGUGCUGAUGGUACUGGUACCGGUACUGCUGGUAGUGCUGCUGGCGAAGGGGCAGGGGAGGGCAUGGUGAAGCAGGCAGGGGGGAGGCGGCGACUGGAAGGCAGGGCAGGAGCAGACAGUUCAGAAGAGCUGCUGUACGGCUCAGGAGCAGCACAACACCCGUCCACCGCACCAGACUCUUCCCAAUGGCCUGCUCUGCAGUCCCUCACUCUCCUCGCCGCCCUGGGCACCCUCCUCUCUCAACUCCCCUCUGCCGGCCUCCUCCACUGCCCCCUACUCACCCACGUCCACAUCCGAGUGUACGGCGACUGUCGGCUCGCAGCCGGCCCCGGGGCGGCGGGCUUCGGCCUUUCCUGUCUGGCCGGCUACCCGGCGCUGCGGUUUUUGCGGCUUGAUUUGACACAAGUGGUGGGGCAUUCGCUGAGCUGCCCGCCUGGGCUAGCCUAUGAUGUGAUGGCCUGGGAACGGUUCUACCUGCAUGGAAUCCAGCUGCUGCCAGGGCUAGAAUCGCUGCACUACUGGCCGCCGUCGGACUGCGAUCUCAACCGUCGAUCCAUGUCGAUGCCGUCUGCUGGGAUCCUCGGGUCGUGCCAGUCGCUGCGCCAGCUGGCAGUGCAUUGCACGACAGCCAAUGAGCAUCUGCUGAACGUGGUGGUGCGGGGGGCUAGAGGCAUGCGCGAUUUGCACGUGCUGGGGGAUUGCUAUCCCGCUCCUCCCGAUGACACAUAUGCGGGCAUGCUCAGGCCUGCUUCAUUCCAAAGGCUGAUUAGGGUGCUGGAUGAGAGAGGAUAUCCUGAUUGA